AUUAAUUAACGAUAUUGCAAGGGUUUAUUUUAUUCCUCUUCAGUGAGGGCUUUGUGGUGGAGAGCCCAUCAUGGAAACACAGUGUGUGAAGCUGGGAAUACAACCUCGAUUCAAUACCAGUUCAUAUCAGGAUGCUACAUGCAUGUUUUCACCAAGGGGUAAGUUAGCAUCGCCAGUCUAUCUACUGUCAUGUUUCUGUAAGGUGGGAGGAAAAUACAGGACACAGAGGAACCCCACAAACACAUGAGAACCUGCAAAUCUCCAUACAGUCAGUAAGUAAGCCAAGAUAAGGAUCAAACUGGAAACUGUGGUGCUUUUGGUGGUGACCUACUGAAUCCAGCUCAACAAAGCUAGGCUGGAUGGGCCAGUUUUUCAGCGUGUUACGAAGUUGAAAACACUUAUCUCUAUAAAGUUAAGCUUGUGGCCCACAGAACCUUGAAUCUGAUGUCAAUUCGAGAAACUCAAGACAAGAAAACUACAUAUCCCAGAAUCGUCCCUGGUGCGAAAGUUGAUAGUCGCGACCUUGGGGAAAACUAGUGGUACAGCAUGGUGAAUAAAGAGCCUAAUUUUUUUUCAGCAUUUGGGGAAUUUUGCUGGCCGGAUGUCCUCUGGUCCUCAUGGUGCAGGAGUUUGAUUGAAAUUACUAAUUGGUUCUGGUGCACUUGCCUAUGGAAUCAAAGAGGCUACAUACUGUAUACAGUGGAGGGGGGUCAGCGUGCGAUCAUCUUCAGCAGAAUCGGUGGAAUGCAGAUGCACACAGUCCUGUCUGAGGGGCUACACUUCAGAAUACCAUGGUUUCAGUACCCCAUUAUUUAUGAUAUCAGAGCAAAACCACAGAAAUGUAAGAUUUCCUCAUUGACAGGAAGUAAAGGGAGCCGAGAACUUCAGGAUCUCAGGUGUCAUUGGGCAUCA